UUGAAUGUUUGUGAAAAUAACUGCAAUUGCUGAUUAUCUGCAUUGUGUUAGAGACCACAUCACACUGCUAAAAUACCUCUGAGUAGAAAGUCUUGUGUACAAUAUUCAAGGUACAGGAUAGUACAUUGGGUGUCUUAGAUUUAUAGAGUUAAGUUGACUGGCUGAGCUUUAUGUCCAGAUAUUCAUGCAAAUCAUCUGAGCUCUUGUUCCUUAACUAAACAAUAGACAUUCUAAGUGCUCUGGGAAAUGCUUGAUUAUCUAUAAUUCUUCUCAAAUCAUCCGUCUUCCUGGGAACCUACAAAAUCCAUUAAACUAAUCUUCUUCCAAUUCUCUGUUUCUAAUAUAGGACACUCUCAAAAAUCUUGCAGCUCCUAAGGUUCCGUGAGAUUCAAAUUUGUAUUUUGUUCAUUUUUUUCUAUCUUUGAUGAUCUCAUUUGUUCUCACAGUCCCAGAUACCAACGCCUCUUAAUCUAGUGUUUGGGGGCUGUAAAAUUAUUCUGUAGCAGUCCUGAAGUAUAAGGAUUUGUUAAAUGAAGAUAUAGUUAACGAGCUUCUAGUCUCCCACAUCCACAUGUCUGUUCUUAACAACUCCGAAGUCCAGCAUUUUCUUCUUGACUUCUUGAUCCCAGGACUGGAAUAUGCUCACACAUGGAUCUAUCCCAUCUUCCUCAUGUACCUCAUUGCUAUCACAGGUAACUGCAUUAUCAUUUUUGUCACCAAGACAGAGUCCUCCCUUCAUGAGCCCAAGUAUUAUUUCCUUACCAUGUUGGCUGUCUCUGAUAUGGGCUUGUCCUUCUCUUCCCUUCCUACCAUGUUUAGGAUCUUCUUUCUCAAUGCUGUGGGAAUCUCACCCAAUGCCUGCUUUGCUUAAGAGUUCUUUAUCCAUGGGUUCACUGUCAUGGAAUCCUCUGUGCUUCUAAUUAUGUCUUUGGACCACUUUCUUGCCAUUCACAAUCCCUUAAGAUACAGUUCUAUCCUCACUGGCAGUAGAGUUGCUAAGAUGGGACUAAUGUUAGCCUUCAGGAGCACAGCUUUAGUGCUUCCGUUUCCUUUCACUCUAAGGCGAUUGAAAUACUGUCAGAAGAAUCUCCUCUCUCAUUCAUACUGCCUUCAUCAGGAUGUCAUGAAACUGGCCUGCUCUGAUAACAAGGUCAAUUUCAUCUAUGGCUUCUUUGUGGCUCUCUGUACCAUGCUGGACUUUGCCUUGAUUGUUGUAUCUUACCUGCUGAUCUUGAAGACAGUACUCAGCAUUGCAUCUCUGGCAGAAAGGCUCAAGGCCCUAAAUACCUGCGUCUCCCACAUCUAUGCUGUGCUCAUCUUCUAUGUGCCCAUCAUCACUCUGGCUGCCAUCCAUCGCUUUGCCAAGCACAAAAGCCCCCUAAGUGUAAUCCUUAUUGCAGAUAUGUUCUUGUUGGUGCCACCCUUGGUGAACCCAAUUGUGUACUGCAUAAAGACUCGGCAAAUCAGGGAGAAGGUCUUGGGAAAGAUGGUUAACUUAUGUAUGAGAUAG